AAAUUAUUGUGCGCCUCGAAAAGCGAUGGACGCAGCCGUCUGAGGCAGCCCGGGGCCGCAGCGCAGUCGCAUCCAUCUAAGGGCAGCCGUAGCGCAGUCGGGCAGCCAUGCGCGCAUGGCUGCUGGCCGCACUGCUCCAGCACGCCGCCGCGGAGCCCGUACGCGUCGUCGGCAUCCUCAAAGAUGCAGCGGCGCCGGAUGCGGCCCAGCACCUCUACGCGUUCCUGCGCUCCGCCUCCUACGGCAUGGUGCACGUCGGCCGCAGGGCGCGCGCCGAGAUCGACGCGGUCAUCAAAUUGGACGCGCCCGCACCCCCGGAGCUCACGCGGGUGGCGGCGCUCUUCCCCUGGUGCGCGCUCACGCAGGACGCGUCGAAGGCCGGCCGCGGCGCCGUGGCCAGCAUGCGGGGCGUCGUGGCGCCCGUCCGCGGCGUCGUCUUCCAGGGCAGUCUGUUGGACGCGUUCGAGCGCUCGGCGUCCGGCCCGCCCUGCGAGACCGUGGAGGGCCCCUGCGUCUCGCUCUACGCCCAUGGUGCGGCCAAACAUAUUUCUACCAGACAUACAUGUGAUGCGCUGUGCCAGGACGCGUUCGGCGAUGUUAUUCAAGGCAACACUUUAGUGCCAGUGGUGUUCGAUGCGAAACGACUCACCGAAAGUGGCUGUACCAAAGCAUCCAAAAUUUAUACCAGGUAUCAACUCAGAAAAAAUGACAAUCGGGCGAGGAACACGUCGCCCAAAACCAAAAAGAAGUGGACGGCGUUAGGCCUAGGAAGAGAAAGGUGGUCGUCGCGCGAGACCAUGGCCAAGCAGAUGGUUUCGAGGAGACCAAAGCUCUUCCAGUCGAAACAGAAGUGCGGCGCGACGCGCGACGUGAUUUUUUCGGUCUACAACUAUGACGACGCUUCUACACUGUAUGCGUUUAUGAGGUCACUGAGGGAGGCGGGAAGUACGGCAGACGCAGUAGUGUUCACGCACCGCGCCCACGCCGCGUUAUUGGCCGUGGGACGAAGGUACGGCGCUCGGAUCCUGGAGUACUUUGCCUCAUUAACAGGUAACACGAAGGUCGAGGAGAUCAUGCAACGGCCCCACAUGCGUGAGUUGAAAAGAACGUUCCCCGGACCGCUCAUCAAGAACUACAAGUUCACAUUCAUGUACUGUUACCUCCUGGAGUUCGGGUCGAGGUACGAUCGGGCCAUGUUCGCCGACGUGCGGGACUUGUACUUCCAGCGGGAUCCGUUUGCGUAUUCUGCUUGUUCAGGUUUGACAGCAUCGACGGAGACGGCUUCUCUCACCAUCGAAGAUCGGAAACACAUCCACGCGGACCAUUAUCCUAGACAUUGUCCCACGGGCUGGGAACAGUUUCGGGACGUGCCGCCCAUCAAUUCCGGGGCUUUUCUGGCCGAUGUUAGUACCAUGCUCGAGAUCGUGCGCAAGUCGGAUGCCGUGGUGGAGGCGUGCGGCGCGGGCUACGACCAGGGGACCUUCACGGAGCUCAUUUAUUUGAAUCGGCUGGACCACGCCGUCUCUUUAUCGACCACAGAAUUCGGCUCGACCUUCGGGAUGAUCUGCAACUCGUUAGAUGUGGCCUACGAUACCUUCGGGGAGGUGCGCGACGAGAGCGGGAUGGUGUACCCGGUCGUGCACCAGUUCGACCGGUUUGGGGAGUUGCAGCGCGAUCUGAAUAGGCGGAUGCCCCUCGAUCCGCAGUUGCUCGUGGCUAAUAAAACGACGUGCGCCCGGUAAGGAUGUUUCUUUGUA